AUGAGAUGCAGUUGCUUAAAACCGCUUGUAGAAUUUAUUCUUGAAGAUGGUAAUCGGGACCAUUGCAAAAAUUGCCGCAGCAAUGUUUCUCAAGCAAAAAAACGAAAAAAGCAAGAGGUUGAUAAUUUUAUGAAUGAAGAGGAAAGCACAAUCGACUUUGCAAAUAUCACAGAUUAUGUUUAUGAUAUUCUCUUAGAAUAUAAAAAUAUAAACGAUGAUUUUGAAGGGACGACUAAAUUUCAAGUCAAAUUUAAUAUUAAUUUUGAAUUGAUUUGUGAAGUGUUAAUUGAUGCUACUGAACAGAAUAGAAAUUUACAUAUUUCUAAUUCAAUUGUUAACACUGUUA